UUUUCUCUUCUGCGGAUCAUUUUUCUCGUAUGAUUUACAUAAUAGAUCUCUCUUCGAUUUUCGGUGUGAAGUAAACUGAUAGAAUGAGCAACUGUCAGAGUUUUAACAGCAAUUACCAUCCUGCUAGCCAAUCUAGAAAGAUUUCAAUUGGAAUUAGAACGGACUCAUUAGCCAAGAAAAAACCUGCAGCUGCAAAAGAAGGUGAGACUGUAGUUCCAAAAGCUGAAAAAAUAACUCCGUUCAAAGAAAUUUUUACAGCAGCAGACAAUAAGAGUGAGGGUGCCAAAACUGCCGCUGCAGAGAAACAAACUGAAGCUACAGAGCAGGUGAGCUACCCAUGGAUAACUACUCGAUCCCUGAACCAAGAUGCUACAACUUCAGAGACGGCUAAAUGCAGAAAACAAGCUUCCACCAGACCAGCUGCUGGUGAGAGGCAGAAAAAGAUCGAUGGACUGAAGGAUGCACAAAUGACACAUUCGGUUCAGUUUUUUGCCAACAACUCCUUUAUUUCACAGCCUGGAGAGAGUAAUCCGAAAAUAUUUGAUGGCAUGACCUAUAAAAGGAAAGCAAGGAAGAAUAUAAACUCAAAGUGUACGGAAGAAUUCACAUUUGCUACUACACAAGAAAUUCUUGCAUCAGAUAAAGAAGUAAAAGCAGAUAAAAGAGAUAAUCCGGGAAAUGGUGAAACUGAAACUUUGAGAAUGAAGCUUUGGCAGAUAUUGGGAACUGUUUCUUCAUCCAAAAGUCAGUGUUCUAAUCCGCAGGCUGCUGAGGUAGGUGCUGAUAGGCUAAAGCCAAAAAAAGUUGUUGAUCAAAUUGGUGAUACACCCGUCAGACCCAGGCAGAAUUCAGACACUAUAGAAACCGAUUCUGAAAGUCCAAAUCAACCGACAAGGAGGCCAUUAACUCGUUCUUUGACAAGAAAGAAAUGUACAAAAGUGCCAAAAACUAAAACUAAAAUUUGUCCAUCCUCUAGCUACAAACAGAAAUAUCAAAAUAAGAAAAUCUUCUCGUUUGAAGAAGGAUGGUCUGCAAAGUUAGAUGGUGCUACCCACUAUGGCUCCUCUAUGUCUACAAGAAAGAAGAGCCACUUAAAAGGUUCUAGCAUUGAGCCACGUAAGAUCAGCUUUUCGGGAAAGGAUAAUGCAGAUGAGCCUCCACAAGCAAGAUAUACCUGUGAAUUACCAUGUGCUGAAAAAACAUCUUCACUCAGUAAUAAAGUGGAAAGUUUUCAUGGUUGUAUGCCUGAGGAUAGGGAAGAUUGUAGUAAAUCAAAGAAUGCAGUCCCAGCAAAAGAUUUUCAUGAAUCACCACAGCCAAAAAAGAUGAGUCAGAAGAGAGAUUCUGACAACCCGGCUAUAACAGAAAAUAGGGACCAGCGAGAAGAAUCUGGCAAAUCAUCUUCUAAGAAUGUUGUUGACCCACCAGAUGAGAUCCCAAGUCCAACAUUUGCAUUUAAAACCCCCAUCUUUAGUCCUUAUCCUUGGUCCACGCCAAGAACAGCGCAAAUGGAGCAGGAUAUUUGCAGUCCUGCACUGGAAGAGGGAAGAUAUAAUAUGGGAAGUAUUCGUAGCUUCAGGACUUUGAGAAAUCCAAAAUCAGAUUGUUCUGGAUCAGAUGCAGAAACAGAGUCACCUGAUGAUGCUGAGAAGUUUAAAGAUUCUCCACCCAGAAAAGCAUCUCCAGUGAAGGAAAAAAGUGAUUCAGAAAAUGGUCAGGCUGAAUUGCCAUCUGAUGGUGCAGAAGAUGACCUGGCUGGGUGUUCAUCUGAAGAUGGAGAUCCUAGGAGCUCUAGAGAUGGUUCACCUGUCAUCGAUAUAUAUGACUGUCACAAAGAGAACUCUCCAGAAACUGGUACUGCCGAGAAAUCAAACGUCAUGCAUUGUCCAACGAAAAGGUUCCAUGGCCAUGGAGGCAUUAGUGUUGAUAAAUUCAGUGCCCCUUUGCCCUCUCCAAAAGGGUUAGGAGAGACUGAAUGGUUUCAGGAAACCGCAGAACAGAAUCAAGAGGAUGACUUGGCUAGGGCUGUUACAUUAUUUGCAUUUACUUUAGACAACUUUAGAAGGAAAAUGGAUUCAGAAACUAGAAAGAAGUCCUCUGAAAUUUUAACUUCCAUUUCUAAGGGCAUAUACUUGCAGCUGCAGGAUGUUGAAUCUCAGAUCCAAACAGAUAUAGGGAAGCUAACAAGUGUGAGUAAGUCAAAAAGAAAGCGCCUGGAAACAAGAUUUGAAGAGCAACAAGAACAACUAGAGUCGAUAUGUAAAAAAUUUAAGGAAGAGAUUCAUCAUCGUCUCCAGAACUUCACGAGUACCCUUAAAGUGUUGGAAGCUCAACAGAUUGAACUGAAAGGAACAGUGAAGAAGCAAAGAACAUCACACCAGAAGCUUCUCUUGCAACUGGAAGAAGCGGUUGAGACCCAACUCAGUGAUGCCCAAAGAAGAAUCACAACCGUCAAUGAGUUGGCGAGGAAAAAGAGGCUCCAUUUGAAACUUUUAAUAGCUGAGUGUCUGAAAGAAGGUAUUUUUUAAAUUGACAUGAUUUUUACAGCUGGCAAGCAAUAUGGAAAGUUUGGCCAGAAUUAAACAGGAUGGUCACUUUGUAAGACCUCGCAUUUUAUAGUUCAGAAAGCCUCCUAUUACCUUAUUAACCUCUCAACUAAACCUGGAUGUAUGCGUAUAAAAUUUAGAGAUUGCCAGCUUUAUCCAAGUAGUCUGUAAUUCCAAGUUUUCCAUAUCCACUUUUUACUUUAUGUGAAUGUAUUUGGACACUAGAUCACAUGUAAAGAAUCCUGAGAUUAUAAAUGAAUUAG